AUCACGUCGCCCGCGCUCGGCGCGCGCCUCCCGGAGUCCUCCGCCCGGCGGCUGGAGGCGCCGCGCCGCCCGAGCCGGGUGCGCCUCUCCUCCGCGUCCCUCCUACACUGCGCCCUGCCUGCCCCGCUGGGGGGCCGCCGAGGCGCUUUCCCCACGACCGUGAUCUUUGCAGAGAGCAAACGAAAGCGGCGCGGGUUUCAGGGCGCCCGGCCCAGCGAGCGCGGCCGCCGAGGGGCUAGCCCGCCGCAGGCUCCCGCGCCCCGCGCCGGUGUCCCCGGCAGCCGCUCGGGACGGCGGGACGGCGGCGGGUGGGUUUGGGAGCCGGGCCGGGACGCGAGGCGGCGGGGAGCUCACCGCGAGGCUGGAGGCCGGAGGCUGCGUCCGCGGGCGCGCUAGGAGCCGAGGCAGAGAGCGAGCGCUCUGCAACGGGCGGUGGACGCGCUGAAGGCGCCAGCCCUGGAGAAGCUGCCGCUGGUGCUUGCAGACCUGGACCUUGGAGGGCACCCGCCACUGGGGGCAAGGACCCUGCCCUCCAAUCUAGGAGGGACACCCGCUUCGGCCAGCCCAGCUGGAAGCAGGGGACCCAGGCCCCAGCUGGAACGCCAGGACCCGACGGCACAAGCCACCCAAGGCACAAGGCGCCACAAGCCACUGAUCAAUAAACCAAAAGUCAGAAGAGCUCCCCUCUGAGGACCAUGCCGCUGCCCAGACUGCAGGGGGCCUGCUCUGCCCACACCUGAGCCCCCCAGGGACAGGGGCACCUGG